GAAACACCGGAAUCGAGAGCGAAACGGCAACGAACAGAACAUUAUCAGAUCAAGCACAUCCGAUGGUUUGACGGGCGUGGAAUCCGGAACUCUCCCAUUUUGACCCAGAACCUGAAUGGCCCUUGUCCGCUACUAGCUCUCGUAAACGCUCUCGUGCUAUCAACACCAGGAAGCGCGGAUACUGCGCUAAUCGAGACCCUGAGAAGUCGAGAACAAGUCAGCCUUGGCCUGCUUUUAGACGCCGUAUUCGACGAAUUGAUGUCUGGUCGUCGAGGCGGCGCCGCCCAAGAACUACCCGAUGUCAGUGAGUUAUACACGUUCUUGGUCACACUCCAUACCGGAAUGAACGUCAAUCCGAGCUUCGUCAAACCCCCUGCUUCUUCCGCCAUCCACCCGGCUCUUCGCAUUCAGCCUGGUGGAUUCGAUGACACCCGCGAGAUGCGGCUAUAUCGGACCUUCAACAUCCCACUCAUACAUGGCUGGCUUCCUCCUAGCGAGUCUCGCGCGUAUGCUGCGUUCGACCGUAUUGCAAAAACGCACGAUGACUCUCAGCUUGUUCAAUUCCAGGAAGAAGAGCUAGAUGCAAAGCUACGGUCUGUGGGACUGAACCAAGAAGAGCAACGCAUGUUUGAAGAUGUUCACGCCAUUAAGGAGUUCCUGAGCCGCUGGCCCACACAACUCACCGACUUUGGGCUACAGACUAUGAUCAACAGCUUGAAACCGGGCGAGAUUGCCAUCCUCUUCCGCAACGAUCACUUUUCAACCCUCUACAAAGAGCCUCGCUCCGGCAAGCUUUUGACCCUUGUAACGGAUGCUGGCUAUUCCUCCCACGACGAAAUCAUCUGGGAAUCCCUCGUCGACAUCAACGGCCAAAACAGCGAGCUCUUCUCCGGCGACUUC